GAUCCAGCAACUCGGGUCUAGAAGAAGACCCGCUGAAAGAAGCUAUGCAGAAUUAAACGGUUUGAACCUAAAGUUUCGUAUUGGGUUCUUCCUCCGCGUUGUUUUGGAGCUGGUUUGGAACCAUUAGUGGGAAGUCUGGGCCAGGCAUGUCCACCCAGGUGUGGUGCUUGUCGUUCCGGAUGCCAUACGCCGGUCUGGUUCUGGACGGAAUAAAGACUGUUGAGAGCCGCUGGCGACCUCUGCUGGCACCUCUGGAGAACCAGACCCUUGCGAUCCACAUCGCCUGGCGGGACUGGGAGGGAGAUGACUGGCGGGCAGUGCUGAGUGGGGUGUUGGGGAUGAGUGACACUCGGAUUCAGGAGCUGCUGGACUCCGGGGAGCGGUUUGGUCGUGGUGUGGUGGCAGGACUGGUGGAUGUGGGCGAGACCUGGGUGUGUCCUGCUUCCUUGCCAGAGGCGGAGCUACAGGAUCUUGAGCGGUCUGCCGUUCUAAUUGGUCUACAGGAGAAACACCUGACGCAGCUGUCUAAUCCCCGCUGGCUAAAGGGGCCUUUGAAAACUCGAGGGAAUCGUGACCUCUGGACCGUGGAAAUCCCCAAUGAGCUGUUACCAUGACAACUCGGUUCAUGGAGGCCAGGUUUCCUGUCAAAGCUCCGCCGCAGGAACAGUUGGUUCUUAAGGAAGUGGACCUGGCCGGACUGCACUUUGGACAGAGGUGGGGUUGGGUUAACCCUGGAAGAUUUAUUCUGCAGACUGGUUUAAAACUUUCGAGCCUAGAAGCUUCAUCCUUACCGUCUCUGCGACAUGUUCUAAUCUAAUGUGUAUUUUAAAUGAAAUGCGUUUUUGUUCUUUUAAUAUUGUAUACAACUUCUAUUUUCUAAGAAAUGUAAAAAGUCAACUGGUUGUAAUAAAUUGUAGUUGAGGA